AUGAUAGAAGAUGGAGGUGAGGAUGGCGUUUCGUUUUUUCUUUCUUUUUUCUUCUUCUUUGCAUUCUUCUGUAGACGACCCAUCUAUCUAUCUAUCUAUCUAUCUAUCUAUCUUCGUCUUUUCUAUUUUUCUCUUUCAUCCUCGGUGACAACAUCUAUUUCAUCUGUUUUCUAUGUAUGUAUGUAUGAAUCUUUCUCCCACACGUUUUCACUCUCUCUCCCUCCCUCUCUCCCUCUCUCUCACUCUCUCUCCCCCCCUCUCUCUCUCUCUAGCCACUUGAGAAUCAAAAACGGCAUCUAUUCGACUGAAGAAAAAUACACCUUUCCCAGAUCUAUUCUCUUAUCCCCUUCUUCUUCUUCUUCUUCUUCUUCUUCUUGUUCUUCUUGUUCUUUUUCUUCUUCUUCUUUUCUUUUCAUUCUUAUACUUUCUACAAGAACACGCACAUUCCCACCUACAUACAACCGCGCGUCUCCAAAUACACAUACUGAGCAAAUCAUUUAA